UCUGCUAUAUAUAUAUUUUGGUUUAUUAAUCUGUCUGCUAUAUAUAUAUAUUUUGGUUUAUUAAUCUGUAUGCUAUUAUAAAUUUUGGUUUAAACCGAAACACCGAAUUACGUAACCCAAUAACCGAAAUACCGAAAAACCGAAAUAGUUAGGUUCGGUAUUUUGGUUUUUCGGUAUUUAUGCCCACCCCUACUUCAAAUGUUUGCAAAUUUUUUAUUAUAUUGAGAGGAUUCAUAUGUCUUUUUUCUCAAUGCUUUUUAUCAUUUUCUUGCGAGGGAUUCGUUUGUUUUUCAUUCUUGUAAAAAAUGAAUCUAAUUUUACUCAAAUCAUAGAAAAAAUCCUUGAUUCACUACACUCUUCGAGGCAUCCACAAAAUUGAUUUGUCAGUCUGUUUUUCUUCGACAGCAAGCGGACAAGUGGCUUUGAUAUGGCUCCACCAGUUGCAGCAUCUUUUUCUAGUGGGGCAGCUAAGAAGGCAAUAUUGGACUUUAUGUCCCACCAUGCUACUCGUGCGCGUGAGGAUUGUAGAUUUAAUUCAACGAGGAAUCAGUGCUUCGGUUAGCUGGAACUUUUCCCUCAUCAACAGCAACUGUUGUAAUUUGGUAGACUCACAAUUGUUAUCCAGGAACCUGCAGUGGUGGAAUAUAAUUCUUGUUUUAUUAUCUGAAUGGUAUACAAUAUCUAGGUAAGGAAUAGUAGCUUUUCCUUUUAUGCUCUCUCUUCUGGUAGAAAACUACUACUAUGAUUCCUUUGUGUCAAAGGCUAAAUUUUUCAAAAAUUGUAUUAGGUAAUCUGUUGAAUUUUAGCAUUUAAAUCUGUCGUCAGUUAUAACACAUUAAUUUCUCAGUUUUUACAUUUUGAUUUUCAUCACUUUCGAUUCCCGCUUUACUUAUUUCUCAUUAUGCAGAACAAGUUCUGGGUUCUUCCAAGGUUCAUCCAUCUAUUCCUGGAAUGUUACAAAAUGUUUUUCCAACUGAUGCAACUCAGGUUAAUCCAUUAGGUUCAUUCCCUUUCUUGCCAGUCCAAGCCAUGAGUCAGCAAGCUACAAGGCAUGCACGACGAGUCUAUGUUGGUGGCCUUCCACCACUGGCUAAUGAACAGACAAUCUCCGCAUUUUUUAGUCAUGUUAUGAUUGCAGUUGGUGGAAAUUCUGCUGGCCCAGGUGAUGCAGUUGUCAAUGUGUACAUUAAUCAUGAAAAGAAGUUUGCAUUUGUGGAGAUGAGAACGGUCGAAGAAGCCAGUAAUGCAAUGGCAUUAGAUGGAGUUGUUUUUGAGGGUGUUUCCGUCAGGAUUCGAAGGCCCACUGAUUACAAUCCUUCUUUGGCUGCUGCACUUGGUCCUGGCUAUCCAAGCCCUCACCUUAACUUAACUGCUGCUGGACUCAUGCCUGGAGCAACUGGGGAUGCGGAGGAACCUGAUCGUAUUUUUGUUGGUGGAUUACCAUACCUUUUUACUGAAGUGCAGAUAAAAGAACUACUGGAGUCUUUUGGACCUUUGCGUAGAUUUGAGGUGGUGAAGGAUAGAGACACAGGAAACUCUAAAGGUUAUGGUUUCUGCACAUAUCAGGAUCCAUUAGCUACAGAUGUGGCUUGUGCUUCUUUAAACGGCUUAAAAAUGGGUGACAAGACACUGACUGUUCGACGUGCUACCUCUGGCAGUGGGCAGGUGAAAUCUGAACAGGAGUGUAUAUUAGCUCAGGCAAGGCAGCAUAUAGCUAUGCAGAAAAUGGCUUUUGAAGCUAGUGGUAUGACUAUUCCUGGUACAGAGGUAGGGUCUGUUGUGACUGCUGAAAUUCCAACCAAGGUCUUAUGCUUAACUGAGGUGAUUACCCCUCAAGAACUAUUUGACGAUGUAGAGUAUGGAGAAAUUUUGGAAGACAUGAAAGAAGAAGGCCAAAAAUUUGGUGACUUGAUUGAUGUUGUUAUUCCUCGGCCAGAACCUGAUCAAAAAAUGGAGGGUGGUCUUGGGAAGGUAUUUCUCGAGUACUCUGACACUGUUGGUUGCACUAAAGCAAAGGCGGCACUUGGUGGCAGGAAAUUUGGAGGGAAUACCGUUGUUGCCAUUUAUUAUCCCGAAGACAAAUACCAUAACAAGGAUUAUGCCUCUUUAGUUUUCUGAAUAUGUUCCCAUGUUUAGUCUUGUAUAGGUUUAGUGCUUCUAUUCGUUCAUUUAGCUUCUGUUUGGGCUGUUUGAUAUAGUCUCUCUGUUAGGAGAAAUUUUUCAUGUUACAACUUCCUCUUUCAAACUACUGUAAUGAUCAGAUUUUUGAUGCCGCCAAAUUUAAUAUCAAUAUUAUUAUCAAUACUACUAACAUAUAAGCCUUAUGCAA